UUAGCACUUCGUACAGUUGGGUUGGCAUUGCGGUCACUGAUCCAGUGCUUUGAUUGGGAGGUGAGGAGAUGGUUGACAUGUCUGAGGGCACUCAAAUCAAUUUGUCCAAGGCUCAACCCUUGACGGCUAAGUGUAGGCCUCGACCGACAGGGGUCAACCUUGUUUCGCAAAUCUGACACCCAUUUCGGUAGAUAAUAUUGCCUCUCGAGGCUACAAGAAUCUCGGAAGUGUUUCUUCUUUGCUGGAUCUGUCGAGUUUCUCAUGCCUCUGUUGAUUAUGCCUAGAUGGCUAAAAGUCUAGAAUUUGGCUUGUUCGGCUCUGCACAAUUACGUCCUUUGUCAAGAACUUUUGUAAGUUGUUUAGAGACUGCCUUUGUUUCUAGCCUUCAGUUUCUCAGCUUUUGUAAGUUGUGUCCGGAAUUUUUUGUUCACGCCGCCGUUCCCUAAAUCCGAGUGGCCUACACAUCAUGCCCAAAAUUUGCUGUUCAAAAUUUGACCUUGACUCCAUAAUUUUAUACUUUCUGUCACUUUUUGCAUUUGGGUUUAGACUUUAUCAAAUGUAUUCUAUUACUAAAAUCAUGCAUUGUCUCCCAACACCUUCACGUGAAGAAUUUUUUUUGCUGUUCAGCAUUCACAUCUAGUCACUUCACGUGAUGAAUUUUUUUUGCUGUCCAGCAUUCACAUCUGGUCACUGCUUAUAAACAAAUAUAAGAGACCAAGACUUACUGGCUUAUAAAUAUUUUAUGCAUCCUGUUUACUUUUACCUCUUCAUCAUCUUCAUCAAUCCAUGGAAGCCACUUUGUUCAUAUACUUUUCUCUGUUUCUCUCCUCCUGUAUCUUGGCCGAACACAUACUUCACAAGCUCCGAAACCAUCCCCCAACCCCCUUCCCAGCUCUACCCUUGAUCGGCCACCUCCACCUCUUGAAGAAACCAAUCCACAGAACUUUAUCCAGUCUCUCCGCCCGUUACGGCCCCGUACUUCUCCUCCGGUUCGGGUUCCGCCGCAUCCUCGUGAUCACCUCCCAAUCAGUAGCUGAAGAAUGCUUCACAAAGCACGAUAUCGUGUUCGCCAACCGUCCCCGCCUGCUCUCCGGAAAACACCUCGGCUACAACUACACCUCGAUAGUUUGGGCACCCUACGGCGACCACUGGCGGAACGUCCGCCGGAUCGCUUCCCUAGAAAUUCUCUCCUCUCACCGCCUGCAAAUGCUGUCUCACAUCCGUCUUGAUGAGGCCCGGACUCUCGUCCGCCGCCUGUUUUGUGUUUCCAUUGAAAACCCAGAACAGGCGGCGAACGUGGAAAUGAAGUCAGCCUUCUUCGAGUUCGUCUUCAAUGCCAUGAUGAGGAUGAUUGCUGGAAAGAGGUACUAUGGCGAUGACGUGGGGAAUUCUGCUGAAGCAAAGAUGUUUCAAGAGAUAGUUGCGAAGACGUCGCGAUUGGCUGCGGAAAAGAAUCUUGGGGAUUUCUUGCCAUUUGUUCAGUGGUUUGGGAGUAGUGGCAUAGAGAAGAGGUUUGUCAAAUUACAUCAUAAAAGAGACAAGUUUAUGCAGGAUUUGAUCUAUCAGCAGCGUGAUCAAGUGGGGUCUGAUGGUGAGAAGAAAAGGACCAUGAUUGAAAUCUUGUUGUCUUUGCACGAUGCAGAACCUGAAUACUACACAGACGAAAAUAUCAAGAGCCUUAUGCUGGUUCUACUACAAGCUGGAACGGAUACUUCAGCUGGAACUAUGGAGUGGGCUAUGUCAAACUUGCUCAACAAUCCAGAUACUUUAAAGAAGGCACAGACUGAAAUCGACGCUCACGUGGGAGCAGACCGUCUGAUUGAUGAAUCUGAUCUCGCCGAACUUCCUUACCUCCGCUGCAUUAUUAACGAGACACUGCGGAUGCACCCUCCAACUCCUCUGCUCUUACCACAUGAAUCAUCCGCGGAAUGCACCAUCGGAGGUUUCAAAAUCCCAUGCGGCACAAUGCUGCUGGUGAACUUGUGGGCCAUACAAAAUGACCCCAAAGUCUGGGUGGAACCUAGCAAGUUCAGGCCAGAGAGAUUUGAACGGUUGCAGGGCUCAAGAGACGGGUUCAAUUUUAUGCCUUUUGGGUCGGGGAGAAGGGGGUGUCCCGGGGAGGGGUUGGGUUUGCGCAUGGUUGGGCUGGUAUUGGGGACUCUAAUUCAGUGCUUUGAUUGGGAAAGGGUUGGCGAGGGACCGAUUGACUUGACCGAAGGGACUGGAAUCACUGCGCCUAAGGCUCAACCGUUGAUGGCAAAGUGUCGGCCGCGUUCAAAAAUGAUGAUACUUCUUUCUCACGUUGGAGCCAGCCAUGUCCCCUGAACCUGGGUAAAAAUUCAUCUUAGUGAUCGUCUUGCUAUGAGGUUUGAAUUGCCGGAUGCAGAACUGGAGUUUGUACUGUCACUCCAUUUAUUUACCGAUCUGUUUGUGAAAACUUCAACUUUGGUGUAGCUAGAGACAAGAGUAUUAUCUAUUGCAAUGAAUGUAAACUAUUUUGUCAAA